AUCGCGGAGCACAAAAAACUACAUUAAUACGUUUUUCUAUGGAUUUAGAUUAAAAUUACCUGUUUUGUACUUACUAAUUGUAAUAAUGUUUUGGAGCGGUAACUAUAUUACAGUUAGAACUUUAAAUGUUCUACUGAAGGAGCAGAAUUUUACCCUUGCCCAAGUUUUAGAAGCUGAUGAUAUUAUACAAGAAUGUAAGGCUGAUAAUAAAGCGCUCAUACAAUUUCUUACAAAACCAGAAAUACUGGCAGAACUGAUAACAUUAAUAACUGAAGAACCUCCGAAGAAUGUGGAGCUUGCCCAGCAGUACCGCCAUGCAAGCAUUGCUUGUGAGGUCCUCACUAGCCAGCUUCCGAUGCUCAACGACCGCCUCUCACUGGACACUGUUCAGAUGAAUAGGCUAUGUGACUUCAUAAACAGAGAUCCACCUUUAAAUCCACUACUGGCUUCAUAUUUCAGCAAAACAGUGGAAAUGCUGUUAGAGCGUAGUACAAAACAGGAUUGUUACCUGUACCACAUAGUGUGCCUGCGAGUGCUGGACUUCUUCAAAUCACGUCGCGACUUUCUUCCAAACCUGCUGCGGCACAUUGCGACAUCAGCCAUUGCAGAUAUCUUUAAAUAUUUCAUACGUCUCGAUGACCUGUUCCACAAGAUUGUGAUGGAGUGGUUCGAAGAACAUCAGCUCCUAGAAUCCUUGAUCCAGAUAAUAUGUGGUACAUACGUCCCCGAGGAGUUGUCUCCAGAGCCCAUAGAGAACGAACCUCAGCAGUCAGAUCCUCAUAUCGAUCAGGAGAACAACGUUACUGAACCGAAUCACAAUGAGGAGCAUCACGAGGGAAAUAAAGAUUCUGAUAAUGAAGAAUCAGAUACGGACGAGAAUGGAGAAGGGUCCGGCGAGGGCGGCAGUAUAGGCGGGGGUUCAUCCAAGGGCGCUGGCAGGGGACCCCGCAGGAGGUCCGGCGGCAGAAUAGGUGGUGCGGGGGACAGGGCUGGAGUCGCGUCGGCCAAUGCGGCCGCACUACUUUGCGACCUCAUACUCAAUGGAUGCGCUGUGGAGGGAUGCUCAUCGUGGUCCAGCACGGCGCUGUGGCUGUGCGGGCGCGUGGGGGGCGCGGCGGGCGUGCGCGGCGUGCUGCAGGCCGCCUUCACCAGCCCCGCGCCGCGCCGCGACUCCGCGCUGGUGCACGCCGCGCUGCUGCUGCGGGCCCUGCUGCACCGGGACCCCAUCCUUCCAGACGCGGAGUCGGAGCGCACCAGCGUGGAGCUGGCGAUCGCCCCGCACCUGCCGCUGCUGCACCAGGCGCUGCUGCAGCCGCCGCCCGACGAUGUGCGCCUGAAGGGUCGCGACUGGGGACAGGCGGGGGGCCAGCAGGGGGCUCGGGGGGCGGGCCGUGUAGGCCACGCGCGGGUGCAGGUGGCCGCGCUGCUGGCACACCUGGCCCUCUCCGAAGUAGACGACGUGGCGACCACUCUACUCACGUUAGGUACUCCUGGAGUGAUGCUGGACAUGUUCUUCGAGUACCCGGACAACAACUUCCUGCACGCGGAGGUGUACACGAUGAUCAAGAACGCGCUGAGUAACCAGGCGCACCGCCCGCAGUACGCGCGACACUUAUUCGAAGAAUGUAACCUGGUGACGAGACUGAUGGAUGCCUUUGAGGAGAACGAAAAUAGAGAGGUCCCCCGGCGCGGGUACAUGGGCCACGUGGUGCUGUGCUUGUCGCGAGUGGCGCGGGUGGCUCCGGAGACGCUGCAGGCGGCGCGGGGCGCGGGGGGCGCGGCGGGGACGGCGGGGGGCCCCCGCUGGGCGGAGCGCUGGGCGCGCUUCCACCGCGACAAGCUGCAGCCGCUUCUCGACGUGCACGAGACGCCGCUCGGCGGCUACUACCCGUCGGAGCACUCCUUUGAGGUCGAGAACAUGGUGGACCCGGCGGAUAACUACGACGUGAGUACCGUCGGGGGGCGCCGGCUGCGGUCGCCUCCCGAACCUCUUCGAGCCCCCUUCUCCGCGGCACGUGUACUUCGAAGACCUCUCGGCGCAUUAUUUUUUAAUUUUUGCAUAAACGUCCUGGCGUCCAAUUAUCGCAGGAAUCCACAGGCACCACAAUGUCAAACUCAACGCUCGCCUUGAGGGACGAGAUCGAACUCACACAUGGACCGUAUAUCGAUUGACUCUCGACU